UAGCAUCUCGUGCUCAAGACUGUCUCAGACUUGUCGUUGAUUCCAUUUGUGAUGUCCAUGUCGCACUGUGAGCGUCAGUGCAGCCAAUGCAGUGAGCAGCCCUUGCUGGAGUCAUCCAGUGUGGUGUCUAAAGCGCCAGCCGGCUUGGCCGAAAGGUUGACUUCUGCCUUGGCAGUCUGUGUGAGUGCGCCCAUGAUGGUGGGAUUCUGAUGUUUGCCCACCAUGCUGAGUGUCGUUCUGGGAAUGGCUUUUAGUAACGACGUGGUCUUCCUGAGUCAUCAGCUGCAAUUAGCUUUGCUGCUGACGGUUCUCUCUUGCUAUGUCACGAAUGAGUUGAACAAGAGGAAUUUCCGUUGGGCGGCUUGGAUUGUUUGUGCCACUGUGCUGAUCAUGAUGGAUCCCUUGCGGCACGUGGUCUACGACGCCCAGUACAAUCCGGCCGCCUGCGGACCGCCGGGGCGACUGAUGAGUCGCGAGACCUUCUAUCGCCUGAACCUGCCAUGCCGCGGCGGGCAGAUUGUUGGAAAUGUGAUGAUCAUGGCCACCAUGUUCCGUAGUUCAAUCAUGGGACUUUUGGAUUCCUGGCAAGGAAACCCCAAAUUCACCUAGACCUAGGGCGACCUGGGGCUGCGGCAUCCUGGGACAGGGGCAUAAAGUGGCGGCUUGCAACGCCUGAGAUGCCAAAGUCGUAAAGUGCUGUUUCACCAUCAGCAAUUCACGAGUGUACAAAAUCUGCCUAGCUCAAUACUUGGUGCUUUGUUUGCUCUGAAAUUCCCUUUGUCGAAAAGUUAGUCUUUGAUGCCUCCUCACCUCAUUCGAUUGCUCCAUCGCUCGCCUACAAACAGUGUCCCAAGCUGCUACCCCAAAAAGUGGUAUGAAACGCCACCUGCAGCACGAGUGACGCUGAGAGACUGGAAGAGGGUGUUGCAUGGGCUAGGUCUCAACCAAGUGUUCG